GUGUGUUGGCUGGUGAGUAGCAUGCAAUUUAGGUAGGAAGACCGGAUAUCUCUCCUUAUUCAAUCUUCUACAUUUUUUCGAGUUUAUUUUCUUUUUUUGAUGAACGAAACGAACAUAGCCCAUCAUGGAGAUUCAAAGAGAAAUCGCUCCAAGCGAUACAUUAGACGCCAGGUUUAUCCACAGUCAGGAUACUACUCCAGCCCAGUCGAUCAGAUCGCCAAAGUUCGAACCUCGAGAGAAGGACCAAAUAUCGAUCCAAAUAUCGGUCCCCAGUACAGCCAACAGUCUAGAUCCAGAGAGUCAAUCAAAACCUCAACCACCGCCAUAUCAUGUCUUUACCCGCGCUCGCAAGAAACAGAUGGUGUACUUGGUCUCAAUUGCAGCCUUGUUCUCUCCUCUGUCGUCUAAUAUAUAUUUCCCUGCUCUUGGUGAAGUCGCAAAGGAACUCAAUGUCUCUCUAUCCCUUGCCACUCUUACUAUCACGAUUUACAUGAUCGUGCAAGGCAUAGCGCCAUCCUUUUGGGGAUCCUACUCAGACGUUAUCGGUAGACGUCCCAUCUUUAUGGGCACGUUCGCGAUAUACCUUAUCGCGAACAUUGCGCUUGCCGUAUCUCAGAACUAUGGGGAACUCAUGGCAUUUAGGGCCCUGCAAGCCGCAGGUAGUGCCGCUACGAUCUCGAUCGGCGCUGGAGUAAUAGGAGAUAUCACGACAUCUGCGGAACGAGGUGGCCUCAUUGGCGCCUUCGGUGGCGUUCGAAUGUUGGGUCAGGCAGUAGGUCCUGUUCUUGGUGGAAUCAUCACUCAGUUUCUUGGGUUCCGUGCCAUAUUCUGGUUCUUGACAAUAGUGGGAGGCUUGUCUCUCACUACUAUCGUCUUUUUCCUGCCUGAGACCUUGCGAUCAAUUGCGGGCAACGGCACUGUCCCACUUACCGGUAUACAUAAACCAGUCAUCUAUAUGAUCACUGGUCAACGAGAUGCCAAAGAUCCAGAGCCCGACGAUGUUCAACCGAAACGAAAAGUCACAUUCACCACUAUCUUCGCGCCACUACGCUUUCUGGGGGAGAAAGAUGUCUUUAUCACUCUCUUUUUUGGAAGUAUUGUAUAUACUGUCUGGAGCAUGAUCACUUCAACUACUACGGCCCUUUUCGAGGAGAUCUACCAUUUGAACUCACUAAUGGUCGGGGUGACUUUUCUAGCAAAUGGUGCGGGUUGCAUGACAGGAUCUUUCACCACAGGCUACCUGAUGGACUUUAACCACCGAAAGACGGAAGCAGAGUACCGCAACAGCCAUGGAUAUCCGGCCGAUACCCCUGUCAACAGCAAGACACAUGCAGACUUUCCUAUCGAGUAUGCUCGAAUGCGCAACACCUGGUGGAUUACUGCUAUUUUUAUUAUCGCAACUGUGGGUUACGGAUUCUCUCUCGAGACUCACAUGGCGGUUCCGAUCAUAUUACAAUUUUUGACUGCUUACUCCGCUACUGCCGUCUUCAGUAUCAACAGCGCUCUUGUCAUUGACUUAUAUCCUGGAGCAAGUGCCAGUGCAACUGCGGUCAACAACCUGAUGCGCUGCUUGAUCGGGGCGGGUGGUGUAGCUAUUGCCCAACCCAUGAUCGACGCUUUGACACCAAGAUACACCUUUCUUCUGCUGGCAGGAAUUACGGCAGUUCUUAGUCCGCUGUUGUGGGUUGAACAGAAAUGGGGUGCUGGCUGGCGAGCCGCGAGAGCACAGAGAUUGAAUGCUAAAGCGCAGGGGAAGUAAGACAGGCAGGACAAUCUGUUACGCUUGCGACGAUAAAAGAUCAACAAAAUCAGAAGAGGUGGGAUCUAGGUAUCAGCCAUCAAAUACGGAAUGGCGAUGGUCUCUAUCUCUUUCCCCGGUGUUUUUUCUUUUUUUUUUUCCCCUUUUAUUUUCUUCUUCUUCCUUCCCCCUUACCCCCCUCCCCCCCCCCUCCCCGGUUCUUGUUGCAUCUUACUACCGCUUGCUCCUUUCCAAUCGUUCUCAUUUAAACCCACUGCAAUCGUUCUAUG